AUGAAAGGCGACGGCAAAGCCGGAACCUGCACACAUGUAUUUACUCCAGCAGCAAAAGCGACUGUGGGUGCAAUAGGUGGUAUUCUUCUUAUGGUGAUUCUAUCGUUUCUUCUUAUUCUCCACAAAGAGAAAAAGAAGGGGCAAGAAUUCUUCAAAAAGAACGGCGGCCCUACAUUAGAGAAGGCAAAUGUCAUCAAACUUUUCAAAAAGGAGGAACUCAAACCAAUUUUGAAGAGUAGCAACUUGAUAGGUAAAGGUGGCUUUGGUGAAGUUUACAAGGGCCAUCUUGACAAUAAAGAAGUUGCAAUAAAGAAGCCGAUCAGUGGCAGUGUGCUAGAGAAUGAACAAUUUGCAAAUGAAGUCAUCAUCCAAUCUCAAGUCAUCCACAAGAACAUUGUUAGGCUCAUUGGUUGUUGCCUUGAAGUUGAUGCCCCCAUGCUGGUCUACGAGUUUAUCACCCAAGGUAGCCUCCAUGACAAUCUUCACAGCAACAAGAACAAUGUAGCUCUCAACUUGGAUGCGCGUUUAAGUAUUGCUGCACAGUCAGCGGAUGGUCUAGCUUAUAUGCACUCAAAAGCAAAUAUUAGAAUUCUACACGGUGAUGUCAAACCAGCAAAUAUACUCUUGGAUGAUAACCUUGUACCCAAGAUUUCAGACUUCGACAUAUCUAGGUUGAUUGCGAGAGACAAGCAACACACUGGAUCAGUCAUCGGAGACAUGAAUUAUAUGGAUCCAGUAUAUAUACAGGAAGGCCUCCUCACCGAGAGAAGUGAUGUCUAUAGUUUCGGAGUUGUAAUCCUGGAGCUUAUCAGCAGUAGGAUGGCCAUACUUUCCGAGAAUAAUAGCUUGGUAAAGAGCUUUCUUGAAGCCCAUAAGAAAAAGAAGAAGGCCACCGAGUUUUUUGACAAGGAAAUCAAUAGCAGAAGAUUUGGAGCUUCUUGA